UGCAUCCUGCUACUCUUAAAUUCAAUAUAUUCCUAGAGGAAGAUUCCUAUUUUCUGUUUCGGAAAUUUGAAAUUUCAACAGCGAUCCGCUUUUUCCCCACCAUUGUCAGUGCCAUUUGCUUCUCCCCAAAGUGCAGCGUGAGUGUUCCAAUCCACUCCAGAUCUGAGACAUUUGCGAUUCAUUCUUCUUUCGUUCUUCAAAAACUGCAACCGUGUCAGAGAAUCAAUGACCGAUCAAGAGCCAUCAGUAUCCACGGAAGUAUCCGGAAUCGCCGAAGUCAAAGAAUGGCUAGCCAAAACCUUCGAAGUCGCCGGAAAACCCGUUCCAGAAUUCCAAUACACUCCGCGCGGCGUUUCUCACCUGCACCAUCUCUCUACACUCUCCAAAGCCAAAGAUGAAGCCGCUCGUCUCGUCGCACGCGAUUUUCGACUCAAAGCCUCCGAAUAUAGAUCCCAAGCUGCAAGGAUUAGGGAAAUUCUGGAGAAUGUAGGUUUGGCGCAGGAGAGUUUGCCGUCCAGUGUGGUCGCUUCUGCGCAGGUUCUUGCGAAUGUUUCUAACUUGUUGAAUAUUAGAGAUACUGAACUUAGUAGUUAUCUUGUGGCAAUGGGUGAUAUUUCCCUGAGGAAGACUGGUGUGGAGGAAAAAAGGGCUAAAGUGAAGAAAGAGUCGAAGUUUCUUCUUGAUUAUACUAGAAAGGCUUUAUCCCGGCUAAAUUACUUGAAAAGAACACAUUCCCAAUUGGACCGUGAACUACCUCUGUGUCAGGCUCAAAUGGAUAAUUGGAGCACAAACUUGCAAGUGAUGGCUGCAAAAGAAAGGCAGUACAUACAACAAUCUGCCAACUAUAAGGCGGUGCUCAACCAUACAGGCUAUACACCAGAGGUCAGCCACAGUGUUUUGGUUGAAAUGGCUGAGCAUAGGAAGGAGCUGGAAAAGAAAACUAAGCCCAUCCUUGAUACUCUUAGGAGCUACCAAGAUUUGCCUCCGGAUAAAGCUCUGGCUGCAUUAGCAAUUGAAGAUAAAAAAAGGCAGUUUGCUGCUGCUGAAAAACAUCUUGAAGAUGUAUUGCAAACAGCUCUUUCAAAUUCAGGGUGAUUAUACUAAAAUAAUGUCAUAGCGUAUUUUCUGGGUUGGUUUGAAGUUUAUGCUUUUAUACCAGGCUAAAAAUGUAUGUGUACAACAAUGAUAUAUUGGUGCUUCGGCUGAUGAUGAAGGGAUUCAAAGACAAUUGAUAGCCGUUGACCACUCAUAUUUUGUAUAAACAAUUGUGUAUAGAAGUUGUUUGUUUUCAAGGCAAAAACACUAUUUUUUGUUCCUUAACAA